AUGGCAGAAAAUCUCAUGCCCCUCUUAGAAGAGCUCGGUCGACUUCGUCGCGGCCGGGGUCGUGAAGGAGAAGGAAGAAGACCUCAUUCUGAUGAGGCCUAUGACGCCUCUAGGGGCUCUACUAUGCCUUAUCGAACUCUUUAUGAUACCAAAGUGAAUUCGACCGCCGUGCCCAACGAAUCAAGAGCUCUUUCUAAUUCCAACAUCCUCCAGGUUGAAUUGUAUCAUGAAGUUGAUCUGUACCAACCUGCAAGUGUAGGAAGGACAAGGGAGACGUUCGAACAAUACUUGAACACCAGUAUAGAUCUGGGCACUUUGUACCUACUCAGAAAUCGAGAUUCGCUAUUACCCAUAGGAUCGAGAUCUGCAGGUACUGGUCCGGGCAUUGACAAUGUGAAAGAAAGAAUUGAUAUGGAAUUACAUCGCUGUGCCCAUUACGCUUCCGAUCUAAUUAGAGAUCCUCAAUCAUAUUCACCAUCUUCGUCUUUGUUUCAACCUAUUUGUAAAAGAGAACAAAGAUAUUUGAUCAUUUGUCCUUCUGCCAACGCCGAUAAUCGUUCAGCUUCAACAGGAAAUCUCUCGGAAGACCUCUUCAACUCUACUUGGGAUUACAUCAGAGAAAGAAUGAAAUAUGGUAUACAUACCACAGAGGAAGAGAUCAGAGAACUCACUAGUCUCGCAACUGAUCAACCCUUCUUUUUCGAAGGUGUAAAUUAA